AUUUCUUAUAUUUUAUUUAUAAAAUAUAAUAUUACACAUUAAUAUUUUAUUUGAACGUAUUUAUCUAUUUAUGAUGUAAAUCAUUUAUAUAGAAAAAAUAACGAAUAAUAAGAUUAAAACGAGUAAGUAAUACAUUUUUUGAAAUUUUAAUAUAUUUAUAUUUGAAAUUAGUAGUAUAUAUGAUUUUUAAGUAUGGAAUUUGAAUUUUAAAAGAGAAAUAAAAAGUAAUAGAAGUUUAUCGUAGUCGAUAUAUAAUUCUAGUGAUAUUGGUUGACCGAAAGAACCAGUGGCGAUUCGUGGAUCAUAGCAGGGAUUUUGUAUCGUGCGCGCGCAUUCACUGGCACAACGUGAGACAGAGGUAGCAGCAAGCAAGAGAGCAGUGUAGAAACGGAAUCAGAUGCGGUGAAGUCCGUGAGUUGACAGUGGGGUGCACGAGAACAGGCGUUUCGUAGUGGUGGAGGCGGAGGAGGUUUAGGGGAAAGAAUUGUUUUCUGUGUGCGCGAGAAACGUGUCGACAGUACGAGUCUCUAAACGGGUCGUCGUUGGUGAUGGUGAAAUGAUUCUCUAGCCCGAAGUUUUUGACUUGGUCCGCCUGGACAGAGGAAGAUCUUUCGUAUAUCGCUACUCUUCAAGGGAUCGUACGCUCGUUCAUCCAUAGAAAACAUCAUUAAACGCUGACGUCGCGGAAUUUGUCCCGUGUCGUUUUCCUUCGUGGCGAGCGUCGAACAUUCAACGACUGACUAGCGACCAUCACGCGCGCGUGUCUUUGUUUUUUUUCUCGGUGCUGAAUAACUGUACGGGAAAACAGAGAGUGUGUUAUAUCAUAGUGUGAAAAACCAAUUCUUUCGCGGGUUCUGCUGUGGUGAAUAAUUCUAAGCAGUCAGAGGCCCUUCUGAAACGACAAUCGAGCUCAGCUGAUUCAAGGACUUGCUGCGAAGGGCUCUGCUGCGUUAAUAGACGAUAAAUAUGUCGUCCCCCAGCGCUGGAAAACGACGUAUGGACACGGACGUUCUCAAAUUAAUAGAAAGCAAGCAUGAGGUGACGAUAUUAGGAGGAUUAAAUGAAUUUUCUGUCAAAUUCUACGGUCCACGGGGCACGCCUUACGAGGGUGGAAUAUGGAAGGUGAGGGUUCAUUUGCCCGAGCACUAUCCCUUCAAAUCUCCUUCGAUCGGCUUUAUGAACAAGGUAUACCACCCUAACAUUGACGAGGUCUCAGGCACAGUGUGUCUAGACGUAAUAAACCAGGCCUGGACUGCCCUUUACGAUUUGUCGAAUAUAUUCGAGUCUUUCCUGCCCCAAUUGUUAACAUAUCCUAAUCCAAUCGACCCCUUAAAUGGCGACGCCGCGGCCAUGUAUCUACAUAAACCUGAGGAGUACAAGAAGAAAGUAGCAGAUUACGUGAGGAAAUACGCGACGGAGGAGGCGCUAAGGGACCAGGAGAACUGCGGUACCGAAAACGGAGUGUCGUCCGAUAGCGAGUCUUCGAUGAGCGACUUCAGCGAGGACGAGGCGCAGGACAUGGAGUUGUAACCAAAUAUUUUACCAUCCGUACCCAUAUCCUUAAUCUCGAUUCCCUGUAAACUCCGAUCGCUCGUCCUACCAAAUAGAUGCUUACAUUUCGAACCUCGAAACCUCACUGUCGGUUUAGCUACGUGGCACACUCGUCACUUUGUUUCGUAGGGGGAAACCGCGAUCAGAUUGUUCGUUGAACGUUCGAACCGGGAGGUAAAGAAAAAGAAAAGAAGAAAAGGAAAAGAAAAAUACGAAAGAAACAAUAAUGGGUUAAACGAUUAAAAAAAAAAAGAUAAGGAAAAAGAAAGAGAUAGGAGAAUGAUGAUUGUAGAUAAGAGAAUAUCGCUUUUGGAGUUCUCUUUACGCGAGAGGGGGGCCGCUCUCGUCGCCGAAUGUUCUUAAAUUAGAAGGGAUGCUGACGAGAAGGAAAAAUAUAUGCGCGCCGAUGAUAUAUAUAUUUUUGUUUCAUCCUUCUUUCUUUCUUUCUUUUUUUUUUUUUUCUUUCUCUCUCCUCUUUAAAUUUCGCGACUUUGCUAACGAUUGAUUGAACGUCGAUUUAUUUCUAACUUAUCUGAGUUUUUCUGACUUUGGCAUCGAUUGGCGGUUCAACGAUCGCGAAUCAUCAUAUUUUGUUGUCACACGCGAUUGAUCCUGAAAAUACUAGGAUGAAUUCUUCCGUGAGAAAGUUUUAUAUAUAUAUAUAUAUAUUUUUUUUUUCCCCCUCCAUUUUCGAUAUUUUAAGUUUGCUUAUUCCAUCGCGUUUCGAGUUCUUGGUCGUCGAUCUCCCUCUUGUUCUUUCUCUUUCUUUUUUUUCUCUCCCUUCCCGAUCGGGUCAAGUCAGACGCAACUCGUACAUGGGCGUUCAAACGGUGCAUGAACACGAAAGAUUUAUCUUCGUUCGCUUUUCAAAUUUUGUAUACCUCUUACGGGUGUCGUAAUCCACGUUACGCUGUUUUAUUCUCUGCCUCUCUGUGCGCAUUAUCCCGAUACACGUGCCACGAGCAAGCACGGGGGCACGAUAUAUAUACAUAUAUCAGCAUCGAUUCCGAAUAAACGUUUGUUUCUCGUGUUUCGAAAAAAAUAUGCUUGCUCGUAGAGUAACGACUCUUUUGUCAUUUUCACGAUACAUAAUUAUAUAUAUAUAUAUUAUUAUUAUUAUUAUUAUUUUCACAAGACGAUUGAUUCGUCUCGAAUACGAAUAGAAGUGAUUCGAACGUUGAAACUAUGUAAGUGCACGCAGGAGUAACGAUACGUGAUACAACGGUGAAAGGAAAAAAAGAAAAGAAAAGAAAAAAAAAAAAAAAAGAAAAGAAAAGAAAAGAAAAAAAAAGCUCUGUCCUUUUCCAAUCGAUCAACAUUCGAAUCGACCUUUUCUUUUUCUCGUCGAAAGAUUAUUAUUACAUCUCAGAAUUAUUACAUGCAUCUUUUUUUUUUUGUGCGUUCGGAUGAUUUAGAUACGAAAAAAAUGAUUUAUCGUACGAAAGAAAAGUUUUAGGGAAAAAAAAAAAAGAAAAAAAAAAAAAAGAAAAAAAAAUAUGAAAAAAUGGAAAAUGGAUACUAGCUGGUCCAUCUUCCUCUUUCUGUUCUGUCAUCACCAUCCCUGAACGUUUCCCUCGUAGGGCGCAGCAACGAGAAAAGGCUUCGUCAACAGUGUUGAAGACACUGACAAAUCUACGAUAUAAACGUCGUUUAAGUAGCGAUGUUAAUGUCGGAACGUCCCAACCACAGUUGAAAUCUGCACGGUCAACGUUUUUCAACGGAAGGGAAACGAUCGAAGACUCGGGUCACUUUCGAACGACCUCAGCCUCCUGUCUCGAGACACACGCGAACACAUCGAACGUAAGAAUUUUCGGAGAGUUGCGAGAGGACAACGGUGCGGCAUUCACACCGGAAUUGCGCCAGUAUUCGGAAAUGGACGUAGAUUUCAUACACUCGGGAGGAAGUAGAAGCAAUCUGGACACGACUGUCUAACCGAUCGUCGCGAAAUUUCUGGUGAUAUAUUUCUCACGAUUAUUUUAUCAUAAAAAAGAAAGAAAAAAAAAAUAUCAUAAAAAAAAAAAACGAAAGAAAAGAAAAGAAAAGAAAAAAGAAAGAAACAAACGAAUAACGAAUAUAGAGUAAAUAACUAUUGUUUAUAUAGGAAUUUUUUCUAAGUGCAUAAUACGAGAUAUUUUUCAAAUUUUUAGUCGAAACGAGAGAAUAGUUUGUAAUGAAAAAAAAAAAUAAUUUUAUUCCAGCGCGAUUGCGCGCCAUCUUUUAUUUUUGUCAAACAAGAAAGGAUGGGAAAAAAAAUUUUUUUUUUUUUUUUUAUACGAUCGAUAUUUUUUAGAGAUAACUUUAACCACCCCGUUCAUGCAAUGCCGUGUAUCCAUGUAUAUCCAUUUUUUUAAAAAAAAAUUCUAUCGACGUUCGGAUUAAUCGAGAGCGAGACAAAGUAAGGUGGGAAAAAUAAUAAGAUAGAAUUGGAGAAAAGGAAAGGAUAUAAUGUGAAUGAAUAAUAUAAUAUAAGAGAAAUAGAAUUAUAUUUAGAAGAAAUGAAUUUUUUUUUUUUUUGACGAUACGACUCGUAUCAAUGAGAGAUAACGAAUUUGUACAAAUCUUGGUGCACAAUAAUCUUCGUUUAGUUGUAUAACUCGCUUCAAAUUGAUCUCUGUCCUUUUGCGUGGUUUAUGUGUAUGCAAUACGAUCAACUAUAUGUACAAGUAUAGAAAAUGAUAAUUUAGUGCCUUCUCAGGCAGAAAUUGUGCCUUAUUAAAUGGGUCUCCGUAAAAAAAAAAAAAAGAAAAAAAAAAGAAAAAAAAAGAAGAAAGAAAAAAAAAAGAAAAGAAAGGAAAAUUUUAUUGGUAAAUAUAUUCGGUGGUAAAUGACGACGAGCAUUAAUUAAACGAAUACAUACAUCAAUUAAUUAAAUCGACCGCUUGAAAGAUUGCAAAACUAAUAUAGCGUGUACUUUUAUUUUCGAAUAUUGGAGUAAUGUUGAAGAGCUGUGUUAAGUUUUGUGUAAAUUUUUUUUUUUUUUCAAAGAUUGUUUGGAUAGUUUGGAACGUGUUGUUAAAGAGAAAUAUUAAUGAAAAGAAAAGAAAGAGGAAUGGAUUUAAAGAAAUGAAAAGAAAUUUUACCAAAAAUGUUUAUAUAAAACAAAAAAAAAAAAUCGAAAUUUCUCGUCUGUAUUUUUGCAAUAGGUUCACUCCUUAGUUUUUAACGAAUAAAUUUAAUAUUAUUGUUCUAUAUAUUAUUAUUCGCAAUAUGGACGCGGCUAUCGUGUAAUUUAUGUCAAAAUACAUUUUUUUACGAUUUCUUUCAUGUAUAUGUGAUUUAGAAAUUUCUCAUACUUGAUUUAAUAUUUUCAGUAAGUCGCAAACUUUAUCAAGAUAUUAUCUUGAUAAUUUCUUUAUUUAUUUAUUUUUUUUUUUUUUAAUUUAGUAUGCGAUUUUAAUCGAUGAGGAAAUGAGUUCUUAAAUUCGCAAAUACGAUAGCUGCGUCCACACGUUUUUAACUGUUACACAUUUUUCCUUUUUAUUUAAGGAAAUAUUAUAUUUACGUGGAAAUAAGAAAGAAAAAAAAACGAUAUUGUCAUUUGAUAAUUUACAAUUAUUUAUGAUUAUUUAAGAUCUGCUUUCAUGGAAUUUUUUUCGUAUGAUUCUCAGUGGCUCUAUACGUUGGUGAACUGUAUAGCAAAAAUGUAUUUACUGAUUAGAGAAAUGAUUAUUAAAAUGGAGUGAAAAUGAUACGUCGUUUGUAUGGCUUAUUAGGCGUUCACAUGCUUUUUCGAUGCUCUUUCUCAGACAUUUUAUAACGAUGCACAUGUAAAUUACUUUUCAUUUUGUCAUGAUUUUUUUUUCGUUGCAUCAUCCCGUCUUCAAAAUUUUAUACAAAACAACACACGAAAGGAAAAGAUGAAAAAAGAAAAAAAAAAUAAGAAGAAUCUAAUUAUUCAUUUGUCAGAUUUUUCGUAUGCAUAAAUAAUAAGUGAAUUUUGUUUUUUAAUUAUAAUGAUUUGUAUUUAAAAUUUCUGUUUGUUAUUCGAUAAUCAACAAUUCAUAGUGAUUCCUUUUAAGUUUUUAUCUAUGCUCUGUAUAUUUUUCUAUAAAAUAAUCUCUUUUAAUAUCAAGUAAGCUAAUAAUUUUAUAUACGUUCUCAUUAGAAUCUUUAGAUGCAUCUCCAGACGCGUGUUCUUUUUGUUUUUAAAACUUUGUCGAACGACGACCAAAAGGAUAGGAUGGAAAAAGAUCGAAGGGCAAGAGAAAAAGGGAAUGUGAAAGAAACGAUAAUCAUAAAUUUUGCGUUCUUGUAGGUUACAGUGAUCGAGGAAAAGUCGUAUUCAUAGAUCUCACAUUAUUACUUUUAUAUAUGUAACAUAGGUUUAUUGAUAUGAAUUAAUUAUAUGUUAUUAUUGAUCGUAUUCGCACAAUUUUAUUAUGUAUAUGGUUUUACUAACCGAUUGUUUAACCAACCGAAAGGAUAGUUUUAAUAAUCAUUUUUUAUUUUUUUGCAA